GACGCAGCUGAAUCCCCACUGAGCUGGCCGCUGUCCUUAUUCCGAGAGAGACAAGAGCAACCUUGCAAUGAUCUCGCUGGACUUGAAUUUCAACGUUUUGACAAGGGACCUGUCACAUUAUUUGGAAAAUCAAGUGAAAGUUGGGCUUUUCGGCUCAGGAGUGGGGCUGUCUCUGGUGCUGGGCUUCAGCGCAGCUUAUACCUGCUACUAUUUAAUUUCUGUAGCCAAGAAACCUCAGCUUAUUUCUGGUGGUAAGCAGUUUUACCAGUUUUUAAAGGAGCAAUGUCCAGUGGUGUCGGAGACCUACUACCCAACCUUUUGGUGCUGGGAGAGUCGGAUCCAAACUCUGCUGAGACCUUUUGUCACCGCCAAACCUGGAGUGGUUUAUAGAAAUGAGCUUAUUAAGGCAGCAGAUGGAGGACAGAUAUCUGUGGAUUGGUUUGACAACGAUGGCAGCCUCGCUUAUCCCAACCCUGCCACCAGGCCUACAGUGCUCCUUCUCCCCGGCCUGACUGGCACCAGCCGAGAAUCCUACAUUUUGCACAUGGUCCAACAGAGCCGGGAUCUGGGUUAUAGGUGUGUGGUAUUCAACAAUAGAGGCGUCUCUGGUGAAACUCUACUGACCCCAAGGACCUACUGCGCUGCUAACACAGAGGAUCUGGAGACGGUCAUUGAUCACAUCCAAAAAACCUAUGAAGCUGCUCCAAUGAUGGCUGCUGGUGUAUCAAUGGGAGGGAUGAUGCUGGCAAACUACUUGGGACGUAAGGGCCGGAAAACAUGCCUGAAAGGGGUCAUGGUCUUCUCAGCUGGCUGGGAUGUGUUUGAGUGCACUGCGUCACUAGAAAAACCCCUGGAUCGUUUCCUCUUCAACUCCUACCUCACCAGCUGCCUACAAGCCUCUGUGCACAGACAUAGGCCGGUGCUUGAAAAGUGCUACGACAUUGAUCAUGUCAUGAAGGCAAAGACUAUCCGGGAGUUUGAUGAGAGGUUCACCUCCAUCAUGUUUGGGUAUCCUUCUAAUGAUGACUACUACCGAGACGCCAGUCCUGUACACAAGCUGAAAUCUGUGCAGGUGCCAAUGCUGUGUCUGAAUGCUGCUGAUGACGUCUUUUCUCCAUCUCACGCCAUUCCAGUGGAGGCAGUGAAGCAGAACCCUCACUUGGCCUUGCUCAUUACCUGCCACGGGGGCCACAUUGGCUUCCUGGAGGGUCUGUGGCCACGACAGAGCACUUACAUGGACCGAGUCUUCAAGCAGUUUGCAAAGGCCGUCAUUGAACAAGGCGGGCGACUCAAAGACCUCUCUUGAUAAGACAACUUCAAGUGAUCCUCAUCUAAUACAUUUUUAGCUCCCCCCCUAGUUUCAUCAUUGUCUUCCAUGUUUUUCCACUACUUUCCUUUUCCUGUUUCUUUCUUUUAUUUAAACUUCUCAUACAUUCCCUUUUUUCCUUAACGGCAAAUCCUACCCAUAAUUUUUGCCUCUUUGCCGUGUCUUUUUGCCAUCUCUAUCCUGCACUGGUCCAUGUUUUUUCCCAUUUAAAGGGCCUAUUACUGAACGCAGCUCUCCUGUAGCGUUUAACAUUCAAAUCUUUUAAAAAUGGUUAAAGAAUUUCACAAAUCUUUAACUCAACAAACUCAACAAUAAGUGUCUCUGCUCAUGUGAGCGCUGAAAUGUUGAAUCUUGUUUAUACCCCUGUGAGGUCUUCUUUUCCAUCCAGUAAACAGUACUGUCUAAUUUAUGUAACUUUAUGUAGUUUUUAGCACACACAUCAGUAGGAUUAUAGCCCUCAGGGAUAGCCUUUGUUUCUUUUCCUCUUUCUUUCUGUUAAAUGUCACUUUUGUCAGUGUGCUUCCUUCAUUUUGUAUAUCCUAGAUGUUCAUAAUCUGUUAACAAAGCAUAAUAUUAUUCCUUUUGAGUUCUAACUGGAGGUGUGGAUUACACUUGUGUGUUUUUGGGGGGUUGAAUCCAUGUGCUAUCAAAUAUGAAGCUGCUGUCAGCAGACAUUUAGCUCUAAGGACUGAAAGCAGAGGUAAGCAGGAGUUCUGGGUUUGUGUGCCUGUAAAAUAUCUGGCAUCUCUUGAUAUAUAAUUUGGCAGUAAAAAGGGAAUCUUUGAUUUAAACUUUCAAAGACCCAUUUUCUGUCUUUUUUUGUAGUCAGGGUGGGUUUCUGGAACCAGACAUUUACCCCUUCUAAUUUAAAGCAUCUAUCAGGAUAAAAUCCAAUAAUCAGAGUAGAUGUCUUCCCCAGAACACUCUCUGCAGGAAAGUAGAACUCUGUGAAAUUACCCUGGACUUUGGUUGGCUUUAGGAAACAUAAGAGUGGAAAAAAUGUGUUUUUUUAUUUAUUUUGUCUCAUUGAUAUCCCUAGUAUAAAUCCCUUGUAUUUUAAUCCAUUUAAAGUCUGCUCAUCUCAUUCAAUAUCAAAAAGUUUGUAGGUUUCUAUACAAAAAAAAAAAGAUUAAAAUCAGCUAACUGAAACUAAGGUAUAAAUUAGGUGUGAAAUAAUUAUUUAGAUUAAUCAUGAUUAAUUGAUCAUUGAAAUAAUCAACUAAUUUAGUAAUCAAUUCAUCGUUAACUGGAGUAUAGCAACUGUAAAACAUGCCUUU